UCGGCUAAUGAUACGCCGCCGCUGAGUAGAAGCACAUGAUUAGGCGUGUUUACCUGCCUGCGUCUUUGGAAUGCAGUCAACCCUACAUGACACAACGUCCACGAAAUAUUACUAUUGUCGUCUAAAGACAUGACAAUUACAUCUAUCUGACCUUCUAUAUGCGCUACUCAUAUUUUCACCAUUUUCCAAGCUGGACUGGACUGUACACUGGACUGCACGGGACAGAAUUGCAUGAACUUCGUGUAGCUCCUUUUAGGACAAGUAGCAACAUUGUAAAAGGUCUUUUCAUCAUCCAGAGGUGGGUCGCAGAAGAGGAAACGAUUUAGGAACCUCAUUAGAUGCCUUCCUAGUUUGCCACUGUAAAGCCUUAAACAGGCCCAAAUGGAGGACGUAGACGUGGAACAGGUGACCCUGGCAUUACUGGAUGCUGCCAAUGAUAAAGACUCGUUGGUGCAGGAGCAGGUGCGGAAGUCCAUCCUCACCCUGGGGAACCAGCAGCCCGAGAGGGUUCUCACCAUGUGCCAGGAUUACCUGGUCAAGCAUCCUAAGCUAAUUGUUGGUCAUAGAGUCGUCAUACUGCAAACUAUUCAGCUUGUGGUGGAAAGCAAAAUCAAUGAAAUCACUUACCCACGAAUCAAGAGCAUAAUUUCUCUGGCGUCAGAUGAAAUGACAAGGUCAAAGGAUGUGGUUCCAGAUUGGCAACAGGCGGCUAGCAAUAUACUGGUUGCUGUUGGCAACAAACACAUCAAUGACAUCAUGGAGGAGAUCCUGAGCAAGUUCCAACCGGGGGUCCUGCCACAUUUCUUCAUCGUCCAAACAUUAGCCAGUCUCUCUGACUCUAACGUUUACGGCAUGGUACCUUUUCUCAAUGCCAUCCUGAGUACCAUGUUGCCCAUGCUGGGCAUGGCUAAACAGGACAACAUGAAGUGGGUCUUCUCCUCUGCUCUCUCCCACUUCAGCGAGAGCAUCCUGGAGUACCUAGCCAACCUGGACAAGGCGCCCGACCCCACGGUGCGCAAGGACACAUUCUCCAGCGAGAUCUACGCGUCCUACGACGUGCUCUUCUGCACCUGGCUACAGAGCCGAGAGCCCAAGCUUCGUCUGACGGUGGCAGAAGCCCUGGGACCCAUGAGUCACCUGAUGGCACACGACAAGCUGGAGGAGCAGCUGCCCAAACUCCUACCCACAAUCCUCUCCUUGUACAAAAAGAACCCUGAGCAUUACAUCAUCAGCAAGAGUCUUUGCCAGGUUCUGGAUGCUUCCGUGAGCAUGGGCAGCCGGGUGUUGGAGACCCAAUUGGACAGCCUGCUCGUCGCCCUGCACCAGCAGAUCUGUGCACCUAUCGACUACAGCAAUCCUCCGACCGUGAAGAACCACAAUGAGAUCUUAAGAUGCUUCAGUAUUCUGGCCAAUGCCUUCCCUGACAGGCUGCUGGUGUUUGUUCUACAGAAAAUGGAGAACAGUAACGAGAGGAACCGCGUGGGCUCCCUGGCCGUCCUCAGACACCUCAUCAACUCCACCACAUCCAUCAUGGAGAGCAAGAAGCUCCUCAUCCUCGCCAGCAUCCGACAGCCCCUGGCAGACCAUAGCAAUAAGGUGAAGAGAAUGGUUGUGCAGGUGAUCAGUGCCAUGGCUCAUCACGGUUACCUGGAGCUGGAUGGAGGAGAUCUGCUAGUGCGCUUCAUAGUUCAACACUGUGCUCUCCCAGACACCUACUAUCGUGGGCAGCGCACUGCGGACCCCGAGGAGGUGACCAACGAAGCACUACGGAGCAUGUGUGACAACACCCUGCACCUGUUCACCACCACCGUGGGGCGUCUGACUGACGUGUUGUGGCCGAUGCUAAUUGGCUACUUGACUCCGGGACAGUAUUCCAAUGCCACGACACCGCUGUGCAAGAGCCUCAUCCUGCUGGCCAAUAAGAAGCGAGCUGCCCAGGAGCCAAGCUUCACCAUCGACUUCAGAGCCCCAGGCACUAACCUGCCGACACCAUUCGUCCUGUUGACGCGCCUGCUGGUGAACGCUGCUUUCCCGUUCCGCUGGCGCGGUCACGGCGCGCCGUCACUCAGCCUGCUGCAGGCUCUUGCUCCCAACAUCCACCCCAACGUAGAGAAGGUGUGGCAGAAGACCAUCCCCCCACUCCUCAACCAGUUGGAGGAAGGUUCCUCUGACACGCUAGACAAGUACGACUGGGAAGACAGUAUACUGCAGCUCUUAUCCAAAACUCUGGUGGCCAUCGCUGAUGACAAGUGGAGCUGUCAGUUGGCUAUUGAAGCGACACGUUACCUGUCUACCUACAACCAGUCCCUGGAGGAGAAGAGCUUCCUGUACCGGUUCAUUGGGAUGACGCUUCAGCAGUGCUACAACCGAGACAUGAUCAAGAAACAGCUGCAGGAGAUACUGGUCAGUGCACGUCAUCACGACAGCAUAGAGAGAGAGGGAGUUGCAAUGGGAGUGGGACUGUGUGCCAGCAACCAUCUCGAUGCCACUCUGGCGAAGUUGGACGAGUUCGGGAAAUCUGAUGCCUUCAAGAAAUCCUCUGGGAUCUUCGGUCUUCUUAAAGACAAGAAUGAGGUGGAUGUUGAGAAGAUGAAGAGUACUCUGAUUCUGUGCUACGGCUACGUGGCGCUCAAUGCCCCCGAGGAUAAGAUCCUCUCCCGCAUCGACACAGAAGUCCUCAAGAGCAUCAGCAAACACUUUAACACUAAGGUUCUGGGGAUAAAAAUAGAGACCAAGGACAUGACUAUGAAGCUGAGCCUGAUUCAGAGCGUGGGCCUCAUUGCAAAGGCUGUGAGUGUGUGUGUCCGGCGGCAGAGCUACAUCUUCUCCCGCAAACAGGAGCUGAUGGGGGUCAUGCUGGAUUUCAUCAAGGCGGAGCCUGCUGAUGCCAUGAGGACACCAGUACGGCACCUUGUUAUGACCACAUGCGCCAACCUUGUUAACCUGGACCCGGCUCUGACGGAGAAUGAUAACUUUGAGAUGCUGCGGACCUGCCUGAGCAGCGUGUACGGCCUCCCUCCUGUGGACGCUCCGGACAAGGGCAAAGAGGAGGAGGUCUUGGACCCCCAGCAGAGAGAGAUCUUGUACUCGGAGACGUUCAAAGCGCUAAACGACUUGUUGAGGAGUGUGCUGGUGCGUGACUUGACUCCAGAUGGACUUCAGACGGUCUUUAAGCACAUAGAGGGAUGGUUCAGUUCUGAGAUGGACCAUGAGCGAGAGAGGGCCAUCUUGACCACGUUGGAGGUUCUGCAGUUCUACCUGGACAGUCUCAGUGUGAAGAACAUGGUGACGUUCCACAACCUUGGUGCUCUUCUGGGACGGCUGGCUCCUCGCUGCACCGACCCUGUGCCCCUGGUGCGCCGCGCGGCUGUGGACUGUAUCUACACACUGCUGCACAUCCAGCUGCGCUACGAGGGGUUCUCCUUGGACUACAGGGACGACUCUGUGGAAGGCCUGAUCAGUCUCCGGGAACGGCUGGACAACCCGGAUCACGCAGUCCUCUACAAGAGCUGUUCCGAGCUCACCAAGAUCAUCAGUAAGCGCCUUCCUCAGCAGCAGCUGAGCACGCUGCUCUUCAUGCUGUUUGAGGGCCUGGUGGACUCGCAGUCCAACUGCUCCCGCGCCUCCAGCGUCAUCCUCAACACUCUGCUGAAGAACCGAGGGGCCAGCCUGCAGGACCUGGUCCCCGAGGUGCUGGAGGUCCUCCAUGUGCGUCUGCAGGUGAUCGCAGAGGACCAGGUGAAGGUGGCCGUGGCCCAGUCCAUCCUCAUCCUCGCCACCCAGCACCUCAACACCGUCGUCACCACCCUCAUUGCCUACCCACUGCCCUUUGACAGCUGGAGUUGCGAGAUGUGGAUUGCCCUGGGAGCCGACAGCAGCAUUGCGUCCCGCAUCAUGGAGAUGAUGAUGGAGAAGCUGAACGUGCUGGCCCCGUACGUUGACAAGAAGGAGUCCAUGCUCAGACCCGGCCUCACCAAGGUCGCCACCAGUCAGCCGCUAGCAAUGACGUGUGCACUGCGAGAGCUGAUGCUGAACGGCCAGACGGUGGAGGCGGUGGCGUCUCUUUUCCCACAGCUCUUCAGCGCUCUGCUGGUGCGCGUGGGCUCCAGCGUGGGUGUGCUGCUGCCCAAAGACAUCAACAGCAACAGCAUCGGGCCAGACAAGAAGGCGGCGCCCAAGAGCUACGCCAACUUCGACGUGUGCGGGGUGGCCGUGGAGGCUCUGCGUAUCCUGCUGGCGCGUGCCCAGCUGGAGGAGGUGGUGAAGCCGCUGGAUGCGGACGCUGCCUGGGACAAAAUGAAAGACCCUCAGCAACACAUCACCGGCGUCACGCUACUGGCCAGGGCCAUGGCUAAGCACGCGGGGCCGCGCCUGCCUGCUAUCGUGGAGGCUCUGUGUCCCGUCCUCAACAACAUCUACGAGUGCCAGAGGAUCACUGUCACGGCCUUCUUUGCAGAGUUGCUGAGCCACCAUGUGGUGACGGAGCUGAUGAUGAUCGACCUGCUGAUGAACAACAUGAUGGAGCGCAUCUCCGAGCCCUGCUGCACAGUGCGCAUGCUGGCCCUGCGAGGCCUCGGCAACAUUGCACUGGGCUCCCCCGAGAAGGUGAAUAAGUAUGCCAAAGAGCUCUUGGCUGCCAUGAGCGCGGGGAUGGAGGAGAAGGACGACCCGGGCAAACACAUCACCCUGGAGGCCAUGUCGGGCCUCUCCAAAGUCCUGCUCUACCUCGACCAGAGGAACGUGCAUCUACUCGUGGUCUACAUCUUCAUGAAGAUCAAGCCCUUUUUAGAAAAUGAAAGCGAUGAGAUUCGAUGUGCAGCCAUCUUGCUGCUGGGCAACCUGUCCAAGUUCGGCACGGAGGAGCCGGUCUUCAAGGACCAGAUCCACAAUGUGCUCGUCAGCCUGCUGCUGCACCUCGCCGACCCCAACCAGCAGGUGGUGAAGGCGUGCAAAUACUCCAUGAGGGUGUUCGCCCCUUUGGUUGGCUCCGAGCAAAUCACCGGCAUGUUCCAGAAGCACCUACAUGAAGACAAAAGCUUGCACUACGGCGAGUUCAUCAAUGAUCUCACCAAAUACCUGAUCCAGGAUUUCCCGAACAUGCUCAACUUCUAUCACAACACUGUCGUUCAAUUUUUCAAGAGCAACUGGGCAGAUAUCCGUGCCAGUGCUGCAAUGUUUAUCGGUUUUCUCUUGGGCAAUCUUCCUGAGGAGCUUUUCGUUCAUAUGAACAUGGGGAACAUCACUAGGGGCCUGGUGAUGCUGUUGCAGGAUCCCGACCCCACGGUGCGCGCCAAGGCAGCAGAGGCCAUGGGACACUUCCACUGAGCCACCACCACCACCACCACCACCACCACUAUUCCAGCCAUGUAGCGUUAGCAAACAUCUUGUUGUAGAGUAAGAUACAUCAAGCCCAUCAUUUUCCUGGAGCCAUCUGACAUCAGCUGAAUGAUUCUUUAGGAGACCUUUGGUGAGGAGAACUUUGGAGACUUGAGUUUGAGAAUAAAUGGAGUUCCCUUAGAUCUGUAGAUGAGGGUAGCGCGCAUCUUGUGCAAUCCGUCACCAAACACCACAGAAAGAGAAUAAGAAGAAGUGGGACAACGCUCCCUUAGGAGACUGAACUUGAGCACACUCUUUUGCAUUGGGUAGGCGGGGUUUGGGGUAUCUUGCUCUAAUAGAAGAUGUUUGGCGUUAGCACCAUCUUCAUCCCUUUACAGAAAGGCAAGUGAGCACCGCAUGGCAAGGGGAAGCUCAUCAUGAGCUCUACAGGAAGAGUUGUUGUGACCAAAGAGCAUGUAGUGUGUACACCAGUCGUGUCCCCACCAUCUACUUCAAUAAUUUUUGACCUGUUCUACUUUUUUUGUUGAUGGGUUUAGUUGCCAAAAUUUGUUUUCUGUUUACAAGUCUGUAUCAAGAUGCAGGAGCCUCAAUGUAUUGUAUGAUUUUAGAAGAAUAUGUGGUUAUGCGUGAAGGCAAGUGUGUUUUUUGUAUGGAGUCAUUAUGUUCAAAGGCCACCUAGUGGUUUGGAUGGUCAUUUCAACACAUGCCCUCAACUGAGCCAAUAUCAGUUGAGAAGACUGGACUGCUGUAAAGAACUGUUGUAAAGAACCAAUUCUUAAAUCAGGAGGCAGGUCGUUUUUUUGUGUUGGUUUAAUGUCAAUUGUUGGCAAUGUCAGUGUAAAUGGCAUUGCUUUUUUAUCUUCUUUCUCUGCAGCACUUUCUUUUUAUGGUGUAUCUGCUCACUAAAAUGUGAAUGUUUUAACAUGUAUGUAGAUAUGGAUCCUUCAUCCAUUUCCCAAAACUAACUAGCCUAUGCGUUUGGAUUCCAUCUUAUUCGGCUAAUACGUCAUUGUAAGCAGUCCUCAGACUCCCUGAGGUGAAUCCCGAGAGUUCUCCUUAUUCCCUCUGUAACAUUGAUGCUGGACCACUCAACCCAGCCCUCCGUUCUCUCCUGUCUAGAGAAGAGGUCAGGUCAGACUACAGUGCUGCACUUAAAAGUCUUAAUGGACAGUCCGUCUUUGGAUGUGUUGUAUCUUUAGAUGGGCUGCUGGUUAAUGCAGUGGUUAUAUGAUUGCCUCUCGAUUUGGCAUGGCCCCAUUUUUUUUCCUAAGCCUCUAAUAGCAGGUACUAACGGCCUUCUUGCACUCUAGGCUAAUGAAGACAUAUUGAUAACU